AUGGCCAAAAAUAAUUAUUUGGCCAAGCUUGGCAAAAUUUAUUUCAACAAAGUACUUAGCUAUAAUUUGCAAUCAUCCAUCAAUAAGUAAGUCAUGGCUUAUUAUGGAUAGGAGGCUAAAGCAUAAAAAAUGCUCUACAGUUUAUGGGACUUUAUGAGAAGCAGCUAUACAAGGUAAAUUUUUUGAAAAUUCUCAGAAAAUAAGCAAAGUAGAUAUCCUAAAGAUUAGAAAGCAUCAGAAUUCUUUUUUGA